AGAAAUGUGUAAUACGUUUGCUGAAUUGAUAAUUGGUGAUCGUUGGUAUUUCAUUUUGUAAAUAAUUAUUUAGCGUAAUACAUUUGCAGAAUCUGAAUCUUCAGUAGGGUUGGGUACCGAAACUCGGUGCCAAUAGGGAACCAGUUCCGACGUAAACGGUAGUAACGAGAUCGAAUAAGAACGAAAAUUUCGGUGCCUGACUUUUUUUACCGCCCCCUGGUGUUCCGGCGUCAACUUACGUGACGUCAGUCUAACUAACUCGGCACACUUGUUGAACUGAUAAUGAAGGAUUAAUGAAGAUGCCGAAGGCUAAACGCUCCAAGGUUUGGCUGCAUUUCACGAGUAAGGAUGCACACACUGCGACAUGCAACAAAUGCCUUAAAGUAAUAUCAUGCAAGGUAGGUUACACUUCAAAUUUAAUAAAACUUCUGACUAGACAUGGAGUGUACUUAAAAGCCGAACAAUGCACCGUGUUUGACAACCUACGACACGCAGAGCCAAGCACGUCAACAACAGCAGCUAGUGUUGGCCUCGCCGCCGGACAUAUUGAAGAGUGUCCCAGCCCUGCCAGUGUGGUGGUGGACAUCACAGAUGAUGAUAACAGCAGCCGUUCCUCUUCGGGUAAGUCUAGUAAUUUAAUGCCAAUCGCAAAUCUUGCAUAUCAAGUAGGCUAGCAAACACCGUUGCCAUUCAAUAGCGUGUGUAACAACAUGUGCAAAAUGUUUUAACAAAGUUCCAACACUUCUUUAUACGAGGCUAUACUGUGUGUGUUAAAUAAACAAAACUCCUAUUUAUCGAGAAGGGGAAGUGGAGGAGAAUUGUUAUGAGCUGUUGAGCAAAAUAGGCUACUAGUAGUAGUAACCUGAAGAGUUAGGUGUAUGUUAUAAAGAAUUUUGAUAGUAAUAUUUUUAUUUCUGGCUUUCAAGUUACAACAGUGACUCCUUUCACCAUGGCUAAGAAGGCUGCACUAUCCAAAGAGAAGGUGCAGGAAAUCCACAGGGCAGUCACCAAAUUUGUGGUGAUGGGGCUUCAUCCAUUUUCCACUGUGGAAUCGCCAUCUUUCAGGUGAAAAUGUGGGCUAUAUCAAAAUUGAAUUUUGUUGAUGCAUGUGAAUGCCACCUCUGUACCAUGAAGACAUUCUGUGUACAAGACUGCCCUCAAUCAAUAAUACCAACCACCAUCCAGGGAUGACAUAUCCAACAUGUACAUACCCGUGUGGUAUUCUGUUAUAAAACAAAAUGUCAUCCAGGAGCUGGCGCAGGUCAGCAAAAUUGCAAUUACUUGCGAUGGAUGGACCAGUGUGGCACAGGACCACUAUCUAACAGUGACUGUCCAUUACAUUUAUAAAGGCAGCAUCCAGCAGAAAGUGCUGAGCACUGAGGCAGUUUAUGAGUCCCAGACAGGGCCAGUGGUGGCACAGGAAAUCCACAGCAUUCUUGAGGAGUUCAAGUUGACUGGAAAAGUCAUAGCUGCCACAGUAGACAACGAAUACAACAUGGAUGUUGCCCUGAGAAACUUUUAAUUUUUAAAAGUUGGGUGCUUUGCCCACAUACUCAACCUGGCAGCACAGAAGGUGUACAGCAUCCAAGCUGUGACUAGGUGGUGUGCAAAGAUUUGCGCAGUGGUGGUGUGGCUGAAGCGCUCCACCAUGAGCAAAACUGUCCAGAGAGAGAAGCAGUGACUCCUCAAUUUGCCAGAGCACAAUGUUAUCCUGGAUGUGAGGACUCGCUGGAAUUCUCUAUACCUCAUGGUGGAGAGGUUUGUGGAGCAGUUCCCUGCAAUCCAGGCAGCUUGCCUCGAUCAAAGGCUAAGGCGGCCAAUGGAGAGGGACAGACUAGAAAGGCUUACAGAAAGUGAUUUCGAGAAGGCAGAGGAAUUCAUGAAAUGUAUGAAAGUCUUGUACACCUCAACCCUCUGCGUGUCAAGUGACAAGUCCCCCACAUGCAGCCAAAUCAUCCCGAUCCUCACAAAGCUGGAGGCACACUAUUCAACCUCCAAUGAUGACAAUGUCUUUGUGGCUGCUAUAAAAGAGAAGGUCUGGGGAGAUCUCGAAAAAGAUACCAGGAUCGUCAUGAUAUUCAGAACUUCCUUCAGGAGGCCACAUUAAUGGACCCUCGCUUUAAAGGCAGGCUGGAAGUUGGUGUUGCGGAAGCUUGGGAUAGGCUUGAGAAAGUAGUGAUUGACAAUGCCACUGCAGCUCAGCUUCCAAUAGAGGACCCUCAUCAGACUGAGGCAGGUGAGGAGGAGGACCAAGCAGGCAGACGUAUGUCAGCCUUGGAGCAGUUGUUUGAGGAUGAAGACCGAGAACUUCUUCAUACAACUCAGACCACAAGCAGUGCCCUCUCCAUCACAGAGCAGGUCCAGAAAGAGAUAAAGAUCUACAAAGGCCUGCCAGCCAUCCCAUCUGAACAAGACCCUGUGGCCUGGUGGGGGGGUAAGAGGGAUACCCUCCCUAAUUUGUCUGUCCUGUCAGAGGUGUACUUGUGUGUGCAGGCCUCAUCAACCCCCUCUGAGAGGGUUUUCUCCUGUGCUGGGCAUGCUAUCAGUCAGGAAAGAUGCCGUAUAUUGCCAGAGAAGGCCAAUAUGGUGAUAUUCCUGCAGAAGAAUUGUUAAACAAACACUGAUGUAAAGUGUCCUCACCAAGUUUCUUUAAAUGUGCAAUACUGUUGUGUAAUAUCUUGUUCUAUAUUUGUGUUUUAUAUUGGUUUCUAUUUUAGGUCAGGUCAUUAGGAAGAGAAAAUGGAGAUUAGAUUACCCUGGUAGUAACCUCUAUUAAUCUCCAGUAUUGGAGAAUGUAAAUUUUUAUUUUAUAUUGGUUUAUUAUUACUAUAUGUUACCUGUAUUUAUAUUGUUUAAAGAUUUAAGUUAAUAUUGUGUUCAGUUUGGCCCUGUAAAUAAAAGGGUAUUGUUUUUUUACAAAGUGUGUGCAGUUUCGUUUUCUUAAGUACCGGUUCAAGAACCGUUUAAAAAAUACAGAGUAGGUACUGGUAUCGGAUAAAACCCAACCAAUACCCAACCCUAAUCUUCAGUAAAAUAAGCAGAGAAAAUUCAAAGAGAGAUGAUAGGAUGUGAAUGCG